GUUCACCGUUUUGCCACUCAGUUCACGUGUGACUAGCAAAAGUUAAAGCGACGAGCGAAAAUACGAACUGCACAAAAUGGCUAACCGCGACUUACAGCUCAAUUCGGGCAUGAAGUGCGCCAAAUACAUGCUCAUCAUUGUGAGCUUUAUGUUUGCGCUGACUGCUAUCCUGCUCAUCAUGGUGGGAACCACCAUCCAGGCGAUCUUCGGUGACUUUAGCCUUUUUAUCGAUGGACACUUCUCCUCGCCUCCAGCGCUUCUUAUUGCCAUUGGUUUCAUCCUCAUCGCAGUGGCCACUCUGGGAGCCUAUGGAGCCGUCAAGGAGAGUGUGAUGGUUAUUAAUCUGUAUGGAGUUUGCCUGUUUCUGGUCUUCAUCCUGGAGGUCUCCGCCGCCAUUGCCGCCUUCGUGAUGCAGUCGCAGGUGCGGGGCAUGCUCAUGCGCACAAUGCACCAGGCCCUGGCCGAAUACGAAAGCGAUCCCUAUGUGGCAGCUGGAGUAGACUUUAUGCAAUCUGGACUUGAAUGCUGCGGAGUCAACCAGCCCGAGGACUGGAUGGACUACUAUUCCCCCAAUAAGAACCUAACCAUUGGCUCCGACGACGUCAUUGUGCCCAACUCCUGCUGUGGCAGUCUGGAAGAGGAUAUUACCGAUAGCACCCACACCCAGGUGACCUGCCACGAGACCUUCAACUAUGGUUGCUUCCGCAAGAUGAACUUCAUUGUGUCGCAAAGCGCCAUGCUGAUUGCCACUGGUGCCACCACAGUGGCCUUUGUCCAGCUCCUGGGCGUCCUCUGCGCCUUCAUGCUGGCCAAGACUCUGCGCCGCAACAAGUCUAUUCGCGAGGCCCGACGUUGGCAGCUGCAGCAAAGUCUUGGAGUACUUAUCUCUGGCGGAAAGAUGGGUCCGCCCCAGAACUCGGCGGUCACCGGCUACCAGCAGCUGGAUAACGGCGAGCAAGGCAUCCACGAACCCUACACCUACACGCCCCAAAGUCCCAGCGUGAACUAGGCUCCGGUGGAAGUCAUAUUUAUACGUUUUAGAACACCCAAAGAGAUCAGUUUGUAAAUGUAACUUUUUAAUUUGUUAAUCAAAAAACCAAAAAUUCAAACGAAAUAAAGCGCUGCUCCUGCUAGCUAGGACUGCUUGCGCAAA